GUUGCUGCGAGCACACCAAUGCCAAAGGCCUAUGGUUUCCUCCCAAAGGGAGACCGCUACAAGACGCUGCAUUGUCGCAAGCUCACUCACGAGGCAGCUCGUCCUCUGUACAUUGUCUUCAAAGACAAAAAACAGAUUGGACUACGUGCACCCUUGGCAAUCCUGCACAAACUUCACAGGCAGGCCAAGCAGACGCUUUCAACGCGUCGCGCUGCGACUGACAAGCGCGAUGCUGCUGACAUUGCUAGGGCGACUGCCGAAGUAGAGAAGCAGUUCCCACAAAUGCCUAGCAACGAAAAAGAAGCCGUGCUUAGACACGGCUUCAAGAAACACUCUGGCAGAGUAGGCCGAACAAACUCGAUCCCGCUCUCGCGCAAGGUGCUGCUUGCUGUUGCUGCGCACAUUCGUCAUAGACAUACUGAAUACGAUGCCCUGCUUAAUCAAGGAAACGACAGGGACAGCGCCAGAAACUCUACUAAGAAGAAGGUUGAAAAGCGCUUGCGGAAAUGGGGC